AUGAUCCCCAAUCCAUCCAGCAAGACAUGGGGCAAUCAUUAUCCUUCACUGCCAGCUGCAUGCCCGGUGCUUUUUAAGAUGUGCACAAUGUGGCACCCCAAAGGUGACAUUGUGGAGCAGUUCUGGUGGGAGCUGUGGGAAUGGGUCAUGCAGAAUAAGGGCAAGGAGGUGGAAGGUGAGGAGGAGAAGGUGGAGAUUGAGCGGCCCAUGGCACUCUUGCUUGCAUGGCGGGCUUUUUCUGCCAGCACCAGAUGGCAGAUCGCAGGUACUUGCAAGGUCAUGCGAGUCACUGGUGCUGUGGUCGCUUGGGUGCAACAGGUGCAUUAUGCUCCUUUGUACGUCUAUGUCACAAUUCUGAAGGCUUGUUGCUCUGACAUGUCCAAUCGCUCUGAUAAUUGUAUACAGCACAGCAUCCUCUUAGAGCAUUCGCCCAUGAUAUGGAAGGCCACAUGGCAUCCAGGGUACUCAACUAGUCAUGAAAGGGUCUAG